UAUUGCCGAAAUCUCCCAACAUUCUUAGCGAAUCAGCUUCAGAAACCAACCCAAAUUCAAAUAAUUGCCCAUCUGUUAAAUCAGCCAGACCUGGCUUGGCCUUAAAAAGUGCCGUUGUGGCACUAAUACGGCUGGGUUCCCGAGGUGUAAAAUUGUACAUCUGAUUGGCUCACUGCCAGAUGUACCGGGGUGGUUGGUUAAACAUCAUAGGGGUUUCAAAUGACGUUGAUGGGAAUGCUUAAUGGCCGUUGGACUGCCAGGCGCGGGGAGGAGGGGGGAAAGGGGGACAUAAUGUAUAAGAAUAAGGGCCGGCGCUCUCUAUCCUCACCGUAAACUAUAUCUUUCAAACAAAGCAUCAAUCUCUUACGCCUACAUACCAAAUCAGAUUCAGAGCCUACAGAGAAUCAAUUGACAAAAUGACGAGAGUUCUUCUCACAGGUAAGGUUUUCCAACUCCAACAUGAAAAUUACCCCUCCAUCACCCCACUAUCGCCCGCAGAACUCAUCUCAACAUCACACAGAAAUACGAGAAUACUAAUAAAUUUGACAGGUGGAAGCGGUUUCAUCGCCGCGCAUGUCCUGGAUAUUCUACUCAAGAAUGGACACACAGUUAUCACCACUGUCCGGUCACAAGCCAAAGCCGACAAAAUCAAAUCUGCCCAUCCGGACGCUGGAGAUAAGCUCUCCUUUAAGAUCGUAGAGGAUAUUGCGGUUGAGGGAGCUUUUGAUGAGGCCGUCAAGAUUGAUGGACUGGAGGCUGUUAUUCAUACCGCCUCCCCCUUCCAUUUCAACGUAACAGACACCAAAAAGGACCUCCUAGAUCCAGCCAUCAACGGAACAAAAGGCGUCCUCUCCGCCAUCAAAAAGAAUGCCCCCACGGUGAAACGCGUCGUCAUAACCUCCUCCUUCGCCAGCAUCGUCGACGCCGGCAAGGGCACCGCACCAGGCUACGUCUACAGCGAAAAAGACUGGAACCCAGUGACUGAAGACCAAGCCGGCAAGGACCCCAGCACCGGCUACCGUGCGUCCAAGACCUUCGCCGAGAAAGCAGCCUGGGACUUCCAGGAGAAGGAGAAGCCUAACUUCACCAUCGCGACCCUGUGUCCGCCUCUUGUGCUGGGUCCGAUCGUGCAUUACCUAAAUGAUCUUUCUGCGCUCAAUACUUCCAACCAGAGAGUUAGGAAUCUCAUCACAGGCCAGAAUAAGGAGUCUAUCCCCGAUACGGGCGUCUUCCUCUGGACGGAUGUGCGCGACCUAGCUCUUGGACACGUGAAAGCUAUGGAACUGCCCGAGGCGGGUGGCAAGCGGUUCUUCUUCACGGCGGGGUAUUUCUCGAAUAAGGAGAUUGCGGAGAUUAUCAGGAAGAACUUCCCGGAGUAUAAGGAUGAGCUGCCGGCUGAGGGAGUGAAGGGUGGGGAUUAUCCUGAGGGGGGUGUGUAUGGAUUUGAUAAUAAGAGGGCAAAGGAGGUGUUGGGUAUUAAGUUUAGAGGGUUGGAAGAGAGUAUUGUGGAUUUGGUGAAGAGUUUGAAGGAUGUUGGUGCAUAGAGGGAGGAGGAAGGGCUGUUGGUGUAGAUGUAGAUGUUGGGUUGUCAGAACAUUAUCCUGAGGGAUGACUCGUAAGCCUGUUAAUACACCAACAUGUUGCAUGUUUACUUAAGUUUGCGAAACACAACCUUCAAGACGUGAACUAGUGAAUGGAGAUACCAG